AUGCCUCCACGACGUCGCGGCAAAGCGACCACCUCUCGAGCGGCAGCCAUCCAAGCUGUCCAAAGAAAGAGAAGAGCCCAGCUGCAGCAACACGACGAUGACGACGAAGACGAUGACAACCACCACAAUCAUCACCACAAUCAUCUUCACAGCAGCAGCAACACCCGCUAUAGCAACCACUUGAACAGCAAAGACAACAAUCAUCAUCACAAUCUUUGUCAUCACCAUCAUCAAUCUCAUCAAUCACUGCACAACAACAGCAACCACAACGCUACUACAGGCAAGCGCAUUCUCAACAAACAGCUGGGCAAAAAGCGGAGUCACCACGACGACGAAGAAGAGGAAGAGGUGGAUGACGAUUUCUCGAGUAAUGACGAUGAAGACGACGACGAAGAUGACGAUGACGACUGUCCGCCUCCUCUUGUCGGCAAUGACGAAGAGUUUUGCGAUGGAGACGCGGGAGAUGUGGACGACGACGAUGAUGACGACGAUGCCGUCGUGGGAAGCACUGGCGGAAGCUCCAACACCAUGAGCGGGGAAGGAGGCUGCUUACACUGCCACAAGAGCGCCACAACAUCCGACAUUCAAGUCCGCUGCGACGAAUGUCAAGCGUAUAUUUGUCAGACUUGUCAUUGGUGCCAUGAGUUCCAAGCCAACCACGAAAUCAGGGUCUGUGAUCGAUGCGAUGCCUUUUACUGUAGAACAUGCGAUGAAAUGGAUCAAUGCGAUGAUUGUGGUGAAGUUGUCUGUGCCAGCUGUUCCACUCUACUCAGCUGCAAAUUUUGUGGAGGAGGACUCUGCGAAGAAUGUGCCACGGCGUGUGGACGCUGCGGAAUUGUCCUCUGCAGUCGCGAUGCCAAAUUUGCCGUGGACUGCGACACUUGCCGUCUAUCGUAUUGUCUAGUUUGUUUGGCAUCUGGCAGUAAAGAUCCUUGCGUCAGAUGCGGACACAGACCCUCCAAGCGAAUGGAACAAUUGAGCCUACUUCAAGCGGCAGCUUCGGCGGCAUCCAAACAUAGCAACAGCGGAAGGCCAAAUGCCUCCAGGCACCAUCAUCAAUAUCAUCACCAUGCAUCGUCACAUCACGCUUCUACAUCCACAAAGCGGACGUCCGCAACUUCGACCACAUCUGUUAGCAGAGACCAACAAGACAAAGAAAUGGUGGACAAAUACAUGGUGGACAAAUACAUGGCCGAAAAAGAAAAGGCGGAUGCGGCUGCAGCGGCAUUGCUAGCUGAAUUGGACGAAGAAGAAGCACAUGAAAAAUCAAAGAAAAACAAAAAGAAACGCAAGAAGGAACGCCAACAAGCUAAAAAGGACGAAGAAGUCAAGAAGAGCAGUCCUGAACCAGACAACCGACCUUCUUCAAGCAAAAAGCAGCCACUAGACCAAACGGACAACGGACAACAGCCACGCGAUGAAGACAAUUAUGACGACGAUUCCGAUGUUGAAAUCAUUGACAUUGCUAAACCCAGCGCCAAAAAGGACAAUGGCAAAGAGGGAAAAAAGAAGAAGAAGAAAAAGAGCAUAGCUAGUAGCAGUCAAGAAGAUGUGAACAAUACAAAAUCUGCGGAAUCAUCAGCAAGUGCCACCACGAACAAGGACACCACGUUGUCUGGUGGUGUCGCCGCAGCAGUUUCCGAGGCAGAGACUUUGGAAGUACCUCCGACGGAUCCAAUUGAGCAGCAACUUGCAGAAUGCGUGGUCGAUAGUGACAUGAACGGAAUAGAAGAAAUACUCUUGUCGUUGAAAGGCGUGCCCGGAAGAGCUCAACUGCGGAAGAAUGCAAAGAAGGCGCUGAAGAAACUGAAAGCAGAGCAGGAUGCAAUCGACGAAGCCGCGGCAGUAAAGGAAGCCGAGCGUCUGGCCAAGUUACAAGAGGAAGAAGACAAGAGACACGCGUUUACUAAAGUGACCAGUCACCAAAAUCGCUCCAAUAGCGGAGCAGGGACACCAGCAACACACAGCGAGACAACUGGUAGCACUGCGGCUGCUGCGUCCAACCGUCCACCGCCGCCUCCGCCGUUACCUCCUAACGAAUUGUACAGGGUGGUUUCGCUGACCCAUAACAAGCCCAUGCACCCCACAGCAUCAAGUCUACGAGGAUCGAAAACACAACAGACGGCGAACGCAGCAACGGGCAUAAGGUCAGAGUGCAUUUUGCACAUUGCCUACAACGUUGUUGGAUGGGUGAUUGGGAAAGGAGGGCAACGUAUUCGCGACCUCAUGGAGGAGAGCGGCGCUAAAGUUUGGAUUGAUCAAGAGCACCUAAGCGAAAAAGACCCUCGAAUUGUCUUUGUUAGUGGCAAUCGAAAGAGCGUGGAAAUUGGCGUGAAGCUGGUGAAAGAGCUGGUGAACAAAGCUCCUGUGCCUGGUGCGCCACCCGUCGGCGAGACAGAACUGAGCCAUCCAAGUACUGGAAAUAUCCUCGAAGUAGCGAUGAAGAAUCUGACGUUUGGUUCUCCCAUGAAAUCGCCCCUAAGCAAAGAGCUAUCAUUGACGAAGGCGAUUCCCGGGAUCGAUCCCCCCCUCUCCGGGUCUAUAACAAGAACCCUGGCAAACGGUGAACACGCCCAUGAGAUUUCUUGCGAAGCCUGCUUUGUACCCUUGCUGAUUGGGCGCCGCGGCUGGACCAUCAAACAUAUUCAAGACUCUAGUGGCGCCAGAGUCGAUAUUGAUCAGACUGUGACGCCGCGGAAAGUCAGAAUCUCGGGCGCAAAGGAUAAUGUUCAGACCGCGAUUCGCAUGGUUCGUGACGUUCUCAGCUACCCUCAUGCACAGUUGCAGGGGGCAGCUGAGUCACUGGAAGAUUUGGAGCGCAACCCGCCCGAGAGCCUGAAACCGACUCCACAUAUUCUGCAGAGCGUUGAGGCGGCAGCUGAAACAAAGGUCGAACCUGUUCUAAAUAUCUUGGAUACAGUUGCACCUGCUCCGGAACCGCCAGCGAAAACUGCACCAGUAGCAUCAGCACCUGUGGCAACAAUUCCGAUUGCACCCGCUCCUCCUACGUUGGCUCAGCCCGAGUUGAACGUGGCUACACUGUCAAACACUACUACUGUUGGCGCCAGCAAUCAAGCUUUUGGACCAACUGUUUCCGCUGCUAAUUCCCCACCGAAAAUGGUGGCACACGUGACAGAUGAGAGAGUUCAUACCCCACCGCCGUCGUCGCAUAUCAAUAUAGGAGACGCAAAAAGUACCAUCUCAGCCUCGUCGUCGCUUUCUUCGACUCCAGAGCCAUCCAUGGCAUCGUCGUCGAAAGGUCACUUUGGUAGCAGCGGAACUCCUGGCGGCCCUUUGAUUCCACCUGAAUACAGUGGCGGGUACGCGCAACCACAACAGACACAUCAGACUGCGGCAACCGGCACACAUCUAUUUGGCCAGCAACAAAGCAAUCUGCCUCAGAUGAACUUGAAUACGAUCACUGACACUCACGGUGGAGGCGGAGUGCCGACAACCCAGCAUGCGGCGCCGCACCUGUUUGCAGCUGGCAUGGCUGGAUCUUCUAUGCCGGCAGUGUCUCCGAGGUAUGAUAUGCAGACUGGAAUCCCACGCGGAUUCCCGCAACGCCCCCAUCAGCAACAGCAGAGGCUUCCUGACAACCAGCAAAGCAUGCUGAUGGGACAAUCCAUAUUGCGCGAGCAACAACAACAGCAGCAGCAUCUUCCUGCUGCGGUAAGGUCCAUGAAUGGUCUUGGUGGCAUGCCACACCAUGGUGGGCAUUACCGACCUCGACCGGAUGCACAUGCUUACCACGGUGCUAGCUCCAUGCAGUUUCCAUCUACCAUGCAAAACCCUCAGCGGUCCCUCCAUGUUCAUCAACAAAGCGCGUUUCAUGCGUCGGAUCAGAAGCAAAUGCGCCACAAUCAUGCUCCUGACAUGGGAAUGGGUGGUCGAUUUCAUCCGAGUUAUGAUUCUGGAGCUGGGAACGUUGUAGACCACAGAGGAAAAUCUGGAAACUAUCCAACUGGAGGAAUGUGGGGCAGUAGCAGGGCUGCUCCGUUCGUUCCUGGUGCGGAUAAUUCUCGUGUCGUGCGCCAUUCUAGUGGCUCUGAAGCAUAUCCGCACAAUCCCCUCCCUGUCCCAUCAAGGUCGACGCGUUCGAGUUCAACUGCGGCAGCUCUAGGUGGCUUGGGAAUUGGGACUCUACCUCCCCUCGACACGAAAGGUAUCGGAAAAGAUAUGGGCCAAAACAAUUGUGUUCGAUCGUCGUCGAUGAAUACUGGCAAAGAUGAUUCCCGAAUGGUGGAUAGUCUGUUUGGGCCCACUGAGAGCGGAAACGACGAAAAGGACGUGCUGCCGGGCUUCCAAGGGCUUGCCUUGGGAGACGGGCUUGGAUCAGAAAUGUGGUCGAAAAAUCUAACGCAAGACUGGGACUCGGAUGCCAAGGGCUCAUCAGCCCUGUUUGCGGCGAUUCAACCAAACCUUGGUUCGGGUACGGGUGCCGGUGCCGGUGCGAACGACAGUCACCCCUCAAGGUCUCGCUUCCUCUGGGGAAGCGAAUCACAGGGACAGUCAUCAUAG